UUGCUGGUCCAAAUGUCGUCAGGUUCUCCUUCAAGUCUUUCACCACCUCCAGAAGACAAGAGGAACCACGUAAAUGGAGCUGUCGGGCGUUCUCGACGUCAAAAUGUUAAUUAUGGCAUUCGUAAUCAAUAUUUGGCUAGUUUGACUGAACGGGAACUGAACGGGUUAAAUGUUUAUCGCUGUGAGGAUGACGAUCUUUCCAUCCGUACAGCCGCAGCACAGGCAAGACUGCCUUAUGAUAGAAUGACACUUCGGGAAUUGGAAUUAUUCCCGGAAAUGGCACGUUCUCAACACAGUGUUGCCCUUUUCCUUUAUAUUAGAAAUAAAACGUUGGCACAAUGGCAAUUUGAUCCACUUUUGGAACUUACUUUGGGAGCAAUUUUAAAAGAAUUACCCGAACCAUUUAACAGUGAUGUUGAGUUAGUUACAAGUAUUCAUAAUUAUUUGGAGCGUUAUGGCUAUAUUAAUUAUGGAGUGUUUACUCGUUUAUCAGUUAGAGAAUUUGACAAAAAAAUAACAAUUGUCGUUAUUGGAGCGGGAGCGGCGGGGCUAGCCGCUGCUCGACAAUUAAAAUUCUUUGGGUUUGAUGUUAUUGUAUUGGAGGCUAGGCCUAGAAUGUGUGGACGUGUAUUUACUUACCAUAGAGGUGCUGGCCUGCCGCCUGUCGAUUUGGGUGGAAUGAUUAUUAAAGGAAUAGGUAAGCGAUUUUAUUUAUUAAAAAUAUUUUUUUAGCAAUGGGAAGCAGAUUGGCAGAGAAUUUCGGUCUUGAAAAACGAGGUUUAGAUCGAUACAUCU